AUGUUACUUGGAGAAGGUACAGCACUUAACACAGCCAUUCACUUGCCGAAGACGUUUUAUAACUCUUUCUCCCUGGAGAGUAAAAGGUGCAGCACCAGUUCGACGCAGCUUGGCGUUCAGGUAGACUGUGCGGAGCCUGAACAAGAGAACGGACCGCGUAACUCACUGACAAGCGGUGUUAAUAUUAUGCCAGGUGAAGGAGAGAGUGAUACCCUGUCCUUGCCUAGUGCUAUGGAGGGAAGGAAAAGUUCGCCUUCCACCUGCGAAGAAGAUCUGUCCAACAACGACCGGUGCGGUACAGAUGCCUCAAAUCGAUGUUUUAUUUCACCAUCCUCUCAACCGUCGCAAGAUAUUGCGAGUCCGUGCUCACUCUUUCCUUACGCAGGCCAACCUGGAACUGUCUAUGCUGGAUCAGAUGGGUCGAGAUACUCUGCCUCGCUCCACUACGGUUCCGUCCUGCCAUCGUCGGGAUUUCCCUCAUCAGUCUGCGCAGGACGCAAUCACUUUGGUUCGAGUUAUCAGUUCGGACAUGGCUCGGGUUGCAUAUAUCCUUCGUACGCAGGGGCAGGUUCUGGUCUCGACCCUAUGACCCUACGUGCUGCAGGAACUGGAAUGAGAGCUCAAGUCUACCUCUGCAAUCGGCCACUAUGGCUCAAGUUCCACCGACAUCAGACAGAGAUGAUAAUUACGAAACAGGGAAGGCGCAUGUUUCCCUUCCUCAGUUUUAAUAUUACCGGACUGAGCCUCAGUGCGCACUAUAACGUAUUCGUGGAGAUAGUUUUGGCCGAUCCAAACCACUGGAGAUUUCAAGGAGGAAAAUGGGUGACUUGUGGAAAAGCAGAUAAUAAUAUGCAAGGUAAUAAGAUAUAUGUCCACCCCGAAUCUCCGAACACGGGCGCGCAUUGGAUGAGACAAGAGAUUUCCUUUGGCAAGCUGAAACUCACAAAUAACAAAGGAGCCAAUAAUAAUAACACACAGAUGAUUGUCCUUCAAUCUCUACACAAGUACCAACCCAGACUACACAUUGUCGAGGUAACUGAGGAUGGUGUGGAGGAAAUGAGCAGGGAUUCCAAGAGUCAGAUCUUUACCUUUCCCGAGAACCAGUUCAUCGCCGUCACAGCAUAUCAGAACACUGAUAUCACACAACUUAAAAUUGACCACAAUCCCUUUGCCAAAGGUUUCAGGGAUAACUAUGAUUCGAUGUAUACGGCCCCAGAAGCAGAAAGACUGACUCCUUCACCCACAGACUCGCCUCGCUCACACCAGAUUGUGCCAGGAGCACGUUAUGCCAUGCAGCCUUUCCUUCAGGAUCAAUUUGUCAAUAACCUGCCCCAAAGUCGUUUUUAUAACGGCGAGCGUACUGUACCUCAAACAAAUGGCCUGCUGUCCCCACAGCCGGAAGAUGCUGCCAACACGCAGAGGUGGUUUGUAACUCCAAUGCAACAAGCAGGCACGAAUAAAUUAGAUCUGACUACAUACGACGGCGAAUACUCUAGCAGCCUUCUGCCAUAUAGUUUAAAGUCAUUGCCUCUCCAGAGCCCUCACUCUCUCGGCUACUACUCUGACUCUGCGUUUGCCUCUAUGACAACGGGAUGGGGGUCCAGAAGUGCUUAUCAAAGAAAAAUUGCCGCUAGUCUACCAUGGUCCCCAAGACCAAGUCCCACUGAUUUCUUAGAUGAUCACAUUUCUGACAAGGACAAGACCAGGGAGGAAGGGGCUGCUGGUUCGGCCUCAUCUUGGAUGGAGACCCCACCUCCUCUAAAACCACUGGACUCAAUGGACGCUAAUGUUUAUUCUGUUGUAUGCAAGAGAAGGCGGAUUUCACCCAACAACUCCAGCACAGAGAAUUCUCCCACAAUUAAGUGUGAGGACUUGAAUACAUCUGACUACAGCAAAGACAUCUCGUCCUCUUCUUCCACAAAAAGUAUGGGCUACUAUGCCUUUUACACUAGCACUUAG